AUGAGUGAAGAUCAUACUGUCAAAAGAGGAUUGGUUAAGCAAGUUUUGAGCGGAGAUUCUGUCGUUCUUCAAGGCCCUGCUGCCAAUGGUCCACCAAAAGAGAUUACCGUUUAUUUGAGCAACAUCUCAGCUCCCAGACUUGCUAAGAGACCUGUUGAUGGCGGAAAUGAUGGAAGCAAUGACGAAGUAAGAAAAACUCAUCCGAUCAUUUUUAGUUUUAUUCUAUGUUGCAUAACUCCAUUCUGCUUUCAGCCAUAUGCAUGGGAAGCCCGAGAAUUUUUACGCAAGAAGAUUGUUGGAAAGACAGUUGUUUUCAUCCGGGACUUCAUUGCGACGUCUGGGCGUGAACACGGCCGUAUUUACUUGGGCGGAUCUUCCCCUGAAGAUGCCGAGAAUGUAUCUGAGAGUGCCGUCAGCGCGGGAUGGGUUGAAGUGAAAGUAGGAAAACAAAUUGAGUAAGUUUCACAUUUACUUUAUUUUUUAUUUUUAGUGAUCAUACACAGAAGCUCAUUGAUGCGCAAGAAAAGGCUAAAGCUGCCCGAGUGGGCCGUUGGGCUGAAGACGGUAAUGCCCAGGCUCAUGUCCGUAACAUCACUUGGCAAAUCGAGGAUGCACGAACUUUAGUUGACGAAUUCAAGGGAAAAGCUAUCGAUGCGAUUGUCGAGCAAGUUAGAGACGGAAGUACGUUGAGACUGUUCCUCCUCCCGGGAUUCCAAUAUGUCACGCUUAUGGUUAGUGGAAUCAAAUGUCCAGCUGCUAAAGUAGGACAGAAUGGUCGAAGCGAACCUUAUGGAGAAGAAGCCAAGUUCUUCGUGGAGUCAAGACUUCUCCAGCGAGAUGUGAAGGUAUACCUUGAGGGAGUUUCCAAUCAAAAUUUCGUUGGAAGUGUCAUCCAUCCGCGUGGUAACAUUGCGCAAUUUCUUUUGGAAGAUGGGUUUGCGAAGUGCGUUGAAUGGACGUUGAGUUUAGUCACCGAAGGUCCACAGAAAUACAGGGAGGCUGAGAAGUAAGAUAUUUUUAGUUGGUUGAUCAAGUUCGAUAUUACAACGGGUCGGAAAUACUUUUUAUGAGCUUCUUAACGAAACCAUCAUUUGAAAUAUCGUGAAAAAAUAUUUUACAGAGAAAGAAUGCGCAAAUUGACCCUCACCAAAUGGCAUUAUAUACCGUUGGGAUGCUCUUGAAAAGUAGUAACUAGAAACCACUUUCGAUUUUUUCAGAAUGCCUAAGGGCAAAAAAUUACAAACGGUUCAUUUGUCCCUUAGCGGUUGAAUUAUCUGCUAUGUGGUAAGAUACAUGUUUUUUUAAAACGCAAAAUGGUACAUGUUAUAUCGAAUAUGGCGUAUGUCGUGACGGAAAGUUAUUUUGAAAAAAAUGAAAAUGUUGUCUUCCGCCACUUUUCAAGGGCUCUUCAAUGAUGUGCGUCAUUUGGUGAGGGUCAGUUUGUACUGGUAUAAUUAUGGUCGGUUUAAGUUUUUGGCUUAUUUUUUUGGAUUUUUCAUAAAAAUGACUAGUGGAUUUUGGUGCCUAAAUUCUUGAUGUUUCAAAAAAAGGACCGAAGAGAAAAAAUAUGUAAAAGAUUAACGCUCACAUUGUCACCGAAGAUGUGUUUGCCUGGUCAUGAUCCCACUUCCGGCGCAACGGGGCCUAGGUUAGAGACGUCGUGACAAGUAUUUGCCGAUUCCUUGUUAAUGUAUUCAUUUUCUUUUUUAAGGAAAGCGAAGACCGCUAAACUGAGAAUUUGGAGGGAUUAUGUGAGUACGGCAUUAUCAGCCAGUGAAAGAAAGACUUCCAACGCUAAAGUGAUUGAAGUUGGUUUGGGAGAUAACAUCACCAUUUUGAGAGAUUCUGGCGAGGAAGAGAAGGUGUAUUUCUCAUCAGUGAAAGCCCUACCUAAGGCCCCAGGAUCCAAGAAGCCAAUGUAUGAAAGCCCGUGGUUGUUUGAAGCUAGAGAAUUCUUGAGAAAGUUGUUGAUUGGAAAGAAAGUUCAAUUAACUCUUGAUUACAUCCAACCAAAACAAGAGAAGUACCCCGAGAAAUUCUGUUACACAGUAACCUUGAAUGGGCAAAAUGUUGGCGAGCAACUGAUUGCUAAUGGACUCGCCAAAGUUGUAAGACACAAACAAGAUGAUGAAAACAGAUCUUCACGUUAUGAUGACCUUCUUGCUGCCGAAUCAGCUGCCCAGAAGGAUAAGAAGGGAGUCUGGAAUGAAAAGGAAACCGGGCUCAUUCGUGUAAACGAGAUUCAAAACGACCUCGCCAGAGCGAAGACCUACCUUUCAACUUUCCAGCGUGGAUCCAGGCCUUCUGGAAUUGUUGAAUUUGUCUCGAGUGGUUCCAGAUUGAGGGUUUAUGUUCCCAAAGAAAAUGUUAUAAUCACAGUGGUCCUAAGUGGAAUUAGCUGCCCCAAGACCGCUAGGAUUGUUGGAGGAAAGGUUCAAGGAGAGAGUGAACCAUAUGGAGAGGAGGCAUACGAUUUUACUCGUCAUAGUAUUCUUCAAAGAGAGGUCCAAUUGGAUAUCGACUCCUUGGAUAGAACUGGAGGGUUCAUUGGAUUUGUUUUUGCUCAAGGAGAAAAGGGACAAUUUAAUGUGGCUGAACAAUUGGUGGAGCGAGGUUUGGCAACUGUCCACUUCACUGCCGAAAAGACGAAAUAUUACAAUCAGCUGUUGAAUGCUGAGAAGAAGGCGCGCGAUAGCAAGCUCCGUUUGUGGAAAAAUUACGUUGAAGAAGCUGAGAACGUAUCUACUUCUCAGGCCGAAGCGAACGAUCCCAGUGAGAGAAAGUUGAACUUGAAGAAAGUGGUUAUCAGUGAGGUUUGUAAGGGCAAUCUGCACUUCUACGUUCAAAAGUUCGAAGACGGUAAGGAGAAUUUUGCGUUUUUCUUGCUGGACUGCAGAACUUUCUAUUUACUGUAUUUUAGGACCUGCGAUUGAGAAAUUAAUGGGUGAUCUUCAAAGGGAAAUUGGAUCUCCAACAACGUCCCAUACUCCAAGGAAGAACGAACUUUGUGCAGGUUUCUUUAAGGAAGUAAACCUAUGGCACAGAGUGAAAGUCGAGAGUGUCCGCGGCGGAAAUGCUGACGUUGUUUACAUUGACUUCGGAAAUGUACGCCAUUUUCUGUUUUUGUAGAUUCAUGUAUUUACAGAGAGAGACUGUUCCCACAUCACUUUUGGCCCCGCUUCCUCCAUCCUUUAUUUCUCAGCAACCGCUGGCCAAGGAAUACAAAUUGGCUCUGGUCCAGCCUCCCAACGAUCCAGACUUUGCAAGCGAGACUGACGCCGCCUUCAACGAGAUUACUCAAAGCGUUCCUUACAUUGAGUUGAAUCCCGAAUACAAACUUGGAACUCUUGAGGCUGUGACCCUCUAUUUCCCUGGAAAAGAUGGAAAGCCUGUGGAUUUGGGUAGAUAUCUCAUUGAACAAGGUCUUGCUUUGGCUGAAGGACGUCGUGAACCAAGAUUCCAGAAGCUGGUAAGCAAUUUAUAUGUUGCCUCUGUUUCUUCUUUGAAUUGUUUCUUUAUUCUAGCGUUUUUUUCAGGUGACCGAAUAUCAACAAGCUGAAGCUGCUGCUCGUCGCGAACGUCAAAACAUAUGGCGCUAUGGAGACUUCACCGGUCAAGAAUUCUAA